GCUGCACCAAGGAGUCCAUCAUCUGCGUGGGCUCUUCCUGGGUGCCCAGGGUCGUGCCGGGCGACAUCAGCUCCCUGAGCCUGGUAAAUGGGACGUUCUCCGAGAUCAAGGACCGAAUGUUUUCCCACCUGCCUUCCUUGCAGCUGCUAUUGCUGAAUUCUAACUCAUUUACCGUCAUCCGCGAUGAUGCUUUUGCUGGACUCUUUCAUCUCGAAUACCUGUUCAUCGAAGGGAACAAAAUAGAAACGAUUUCAAGAAAUGCCUUCCGUGGCCUCCGUGACCUGACUCACCUCUCUUUGGCCAAUAACCACAUCAAAGCACUCCCAAGAGAUGUCUUCAGUGAUUUAGACUCUCUGAUUGAACUAGAUUUAAGGGGUAAUAAAUUUGAAUGCGACUGCAAAGCCAAGUGGCUGUAUCUGUGGUUGAAGAUGACAAACUCCACCGUUUCGGACGUGCUGUGUAUUGGUCCCCCGGAAUAUCAGGAGAAGAAGCUAAAUGAUGUGACCAGCUUUGACUACGAAUGCACAACUACAGAUUUUGUUGUUCAUCAGACAUUGCCCUACCAGUCGGUUUCGGUGGAUACGUUCAACUCCAAGAACGACGUGUACGUGGCCAUCGCCCAGCCCAGCAUGGAGAACUGUAUGGUGCUGGAGUGGGACCACAUCGAAAUGAAUUUCCGGAGCUAUGACAAUAUCACAGGUCAGUCCAUUGUGGGCUGCAAGGCCAUCCUCAUUGACGACCAGGUCUUUGUGGUGGUGGCCCAGCUCUUCGGCGGCUCUCACAUCUACAAAUACGACGAGAGCUGGACCAAGUUUGUCAAAUUCCAAGACAUCGAAGUCUCUCGCAUUUCCAAGCCCAACGACAUUGAGCUGUUUCAGAUCGAGGACGAGACGUUCUUCGUCAUCGCCGACAGCUCGAAAGCCGGCCUGUCAACGGUUUAUAAAUGGAACAGCAAAGGUUUCUACUCCUACCAGUCCCUGCACGAGUGGUUCAGGGACACGGAUGCCGAGUUUGUCGACAUAGACGGGAAAUCGCACCUGAUCCUGUCCAGCCGCUCCCAGGUCCCCAUCAUCCUGCAGUGGAAUAAGAGCUCCAAGAAGUUUGUCCCCCACAGCGACAUCCCCAACAUGGAGGAUGUGCUGGCCGUGAAGAGCUUCCGAAUGCAGAACUCCCUCUACCUGUCCCUCACCCGCUUCAUCGGGGACUCCAGGGUCAUGAGGUGGAACAAUAAGCAGUUCGUGGAGAUCCAGGCUCUCCCGUCCCGGGGGGCCAUGACCCUGCAGCCCUUUUCUUUUAAAGAGAAUCACUACCUGGCCCUGGGGAGCGACUACACGUUCUCCCAGAUAUACCAGUGGGACAAGGAGAAGCAGCUGUUCAAGAAGUUCAAGGAGAUCUACGUGCAGGCGCCUCGUUCCUUCACCGCCGUCUCCACCGACAGGAGGGAUUUCUUUUUUGCGUCCAGUUUCAAAGGGAAAACAAAGAUUUUCGAACACAUAGUUGUUGACUUAAGUUUGUGAUCGGCGAAUUUAAAGGACACAGCACGAGCUCUCGGCCGAGAGCUGAGAAAACAUAUUUAAAAGGGAGCCAGGUUCAGAGGUCUGACAUUAACACUGCAUUGGGGAAAUAGACGUGUUCAAGCCUUUAGAACUCACAUUGUAAUCAGGGAUUACAUUUACUGGCUAACUGCAUGCCAUGUCCAUCCUCCCACUUAAAAAGACAUAGGGAAGCCUGUAAUUCCUGAGAGAAGAGUACAGUAGUAAUUCUUACCAUCUAGGAAAGUAAUGUGAGAUUUUUUUUUUUUAAUGAGGAAGGAGAAAAUCAGAUAAGAUAGGACAGCUCUUAUAAUGAAAUUUUUAAAAAGACCAAACAAACUAUGGGCCCUUCUCACCCCAUUUUAGCUAUCUUUCUGGUAAGGACUCUUAAAGCCAAAGUCAGCUGAAAAGAUGUGCUGAUGGUAAGUUUAAAAAUCGGGUAACACUCAGCAUUGCUAUUUUGAGCCACCCUAAUUUCCCGACCCCCACCCCCACCCCCUUCCUAGCAGAACCUUGGCUUUUGCAUUGGCUCAUAUGAAUGCUUGUCAUGGGCGUGUCAACAAAAUAAUGUUUGAUGAAUUGCUUCCUCUGCUACAAAGAAAAUCUUCCGCCGACACCUGUCUAGGCCCAGCAUGGGCUGUGGGCCCAGGAGGGAGACAAAGGAGGUCUCCUCUCCUUAUGGUUCAGCGCUGACCCUCGUGGUGGCCUGAGCAACAAUGCCUAUUUGAUGCUCUCCAUGAUACGUCGCUUCUCAGAGCCCACUCUGAGUGUGUGGGUCGCCAGCAGACGGGCCAAAGACCGAAUGGUGCUUUCUAUUCUGUCCUUUAGAGCAAUAGAACAGGUAUUGCCAUCUGAUGAGAAUUUCCAAACUAAGAUUUUGUAGAGUCAGGGAGGACUUCACACACGUCUCCAUGUACUUUGAAACCUAGAGAUGGCCCUUGGAAUGAUGCAUGCCUUUGCCCCCUGGGCAACUUAAUAUUUCAAGUAAUUGAAUAGCAACCUACCUACCUGCCCACCUGCCUACCUCCCUGCUCAUGUAACCGUCUGCUUUGUUGAUUUGCUGAUAUUGCUGCUGCCAGCACAGCCCUUCCAAAGGUGCUGUAGCAGCAAAUUGUAGAAGCUGGGGUACUCAGGACAACACACUCCUCCCUCUCCCUGUCCUUUGCUCCCUUGGGGACAUGUGCUGACAGGGGGCUCAUCCUCUACACAGAAAUGGGGGAAGAGGACCCACUGAACAAUAGGGACCAGCUUAGGAGCCAGGCACGUAGAAUCCCAUAGACCGGGUCUGCGCUCAGGGGCCCAGGUGGCCUGUUUCAAAACAGGUCUCUCUGGUGUGGACCAUUGGGAAGCUAAUGGGGACAGGGAUCUGGUUUUGUGGAGGGUCCAGGGGAUGUUUUGCCUGGUUAGCUGGUUCUCUUCAGAGAAUAGGAAGUAAAUGGUUUCAGGAGUGGCUCUCAAAGAGUAACCCCACAACUUGUAGCCAUGGACGUAGCAUCAUCGUUGUACUGUAUUACUUUUUUAAUGAUUUGUGUUUGUCAAGUCAUGAGUAGGUGGAUGUUUUGCCACAAAUAUGAAUGUAUGUGUUGUUUCCAGACUGUAAGCUAUGCGGAUCGAGGCAAUAAAUAGCACUUAGAGAACAA